AUGCGGGUCACACGCACCUCAAUGCCGCAACUGCGGCAGCAGCAGCAGCAGCAGCAAGUGGAGGUGAUUGCCCCCAGCUACUCCGUGACGACUGUUGCCGUGGUCUGGGUAAUUGGAGCGUUCGUCGGUGGUGCCAUGGGAGCGCUCGGGUACUUGGCCUUCUGGUACGUGAGUGGGCCCGAGCCCGUGGUCCCCACGACAACUGCGGCGACCACCACAACUACCACCACAACUACCACCACGACGACCACCACAACAACGCCUCUGCCGCCUCCGCCUCCUACACCGCCACCCCCUACGCCUCCACCUCCAACACCGCCACCUCCUACGGCUCCGCCUCCUACACCAGCCACCUUCUACGGCUCCGCCUCCUACGACUCACCUCCUACACCACCACCUCCUACACCACCACCUUCUACGGCUCCGCCUCCUACACCACCACCUCCUACGCCUCCGCCUCCUACACCACCACCUUCUACGGCUCCGCCUCCUACACCACCACCUUCUACGGCUCCGCCUCCUACACCACCACCUCCUCCGCCUCCUCCGCCUCCUCCGCCACCUCCGCCACCUCCACCUCCGCCGCCGCCACCACCACGGACCCCACCGCCAUUCGUGGUUCGACCCAUUUGUUACUCGGACAGUUGCAGGAAGCUCGCGGAUACCUACAGCACGGCCUUGAAUCCCCUGCUCGACCCGUGUCAGAACUUCGGAGGCCACGUCUGUGGACUGUUCCGAGGGCCCAGUCACACGAUCUUCGAAAAGAAAUGGCACGGUCUCGCCGGCGGAAUCGCUGUUCUUGUAAGGUCGAUUUACCGAGGGUAUACAGGCGCCCAGGGUAAGGCGAUGUUUCUGCUAGAGUCCUGCCGUGCCGUGCACAGCCAGACGUGGUCCAGCAGACAGGACCUGCGGGACUUCAUGAGGCGGCUCAGGCUUUCCGUGACGAACCCGCCGCCCCCUGGUGCACCCACGUCCUCGGACGCUGUGCUGGCGCUCCACGUCGAACUGUCCUACGGGUACGGGCUCAGCGCGCUCCUCAAGAUGAGGCCCCGCAACUCGGACUCGCUCUCCCUGCGAUUCCACGGCGAGCUCAUGCACGCGGCCCUCACCACGGACGACGACCCGGACUUCGUCAUUAGUCUGGCAGGAGUCCUGGGUAUCACGGGAGACGCAGCGUUGGUGAUGACCAGGACUGAGCUGUACACCAAGAUGAGGAUUGCUGUUGUGAACGCUCACCAGAGACAGGCAGGUUCGGCGACAUUUCGCGGCGUAAAGAAGGCAAAGCAACUGGCUUUCAGCGGCGUCAGCCGCAGUGCUUUCGGCGCCGCUAUCGAGGCCAAGACUCCGUACGACAGCAGCGCCAGCAUGUUUGUGACACCCAUGCUGAAGGCCGUGCUGGAGUCGGUGUGGAGUGACAUGGCAAGCGGCGCCCAGCUGUUCACGUGGACCGGCUGGCACGUGGUCGACGAGCUUGUCCACUUCGUCGAACCGAUUUACACUACCCAGUCGCACACGCAUGCCAGGUUGACGGAAGAGCCUGAGUUCAUCGCGGAGUGUAUCCGCAUGGUGUCGCAGGUGAUGGCGGCACCUCUGUUCUCUGUCGCCGAUGUAUCGCUGCCAGUCGAUCCGGUGAAGACUGCGAUAACCGCCAUUGCACACGCCGUAGCCGGAUGCCUGAGCACAAAGUGAGCGUCCGCAAUUUUUCCUUCUAAGAAAAAGCAAGAACUAAAGCAAAAAAGCGGAGCGAGAAGUAUGGAUGUGGGUA